GGAGGGAUCGAUGUGAUCGGCUGUCGGCUGUGGGAGCUGGAGGAGGGAUCGAUGUGAUCGGCUGUCGGCUGUGGGCGCUGGAGGAGUGUUGCCCGGGAAGAUGGCGGAGAGGAGCUGUGGGGGGGAGUGGAUCCUGGAGAGAAUCGGAUCAGAAAGAGAGAGAGUGGAGCUGGAGGGGAGGCAGGGGGCAGAGGUGACAAUGGGCCGUGGACUCGGGGUGACUCACCGCAUCUUGGCCAGGAGCUGCCCCCUGAUGGUUUCCCGCAAUCACUGCACCUUUCGCCUCACUUCAGAGGGACACUGCCUCGUCAUUGACAACCAGAGUCUGAACGGAGUGUGGGUGAAUGGAGAGCGAAUUGAACCACAGCAGCCUCACCAGUUAAGUGAAGGAGAUGUGAUACAGCUGGGAGUGCCGUUACGGGAUAAGGAACGAGCAGAGUGUGAGUAUCGAUUAACUCGGAGGGACAGACAGCAGGAAGAGGCAGGUUCCAGGAGCAUUCCCAGAGCCAAGGGGAAUGGGAGAGUGAAACGUAAACACAGCCAUGAAGAAGAGGUGGGGCCACUGGAUGCAGAGGGAGCCCAGAGCUGUAAAACCAAAAUUCAGCGACUCUCUCAGUCAGACUCAUCAGGCAACUGCCCCAGCCGAGAGGGGCACAGACUCACAGCAGAGAGUACACACCCAGGCCCCAGCGGAGAGAGGCACAGGAUCACAGCAGAGGGUACAGGCCCAGGCCCCAGCCGAGAGAGGCACAGACUCACAGCGGAGGGUUCAGGCCCAGGCCCCAGCCGGAUGAGAAGGGUGUCUAUUCACUCUAGCCCCUCUGGGACACUGAGAACAAUAUCACAGGUACAGGCAGAGGAACUGUCAGUGCCCAGGGAAAAUGACAGUGACAUUGAGGAGCUGGGUGCCAAGGUUAAAGGGCUGCAGGCGCUGCAGGGAAAGCUGUGCAGUGAAUGGCAGCUGACCGAAUCCCUUCCCACAGAGCAGCAGGAGCGAAAGGAGCUGGAGGCUGCCCUCAGCCGACAGAGGAAGGAGUUGGAGGACAUCAUUCGAGCUAAAGACAGAGAACUGGAAGAGAGCAAGGUGAAGGUUCAGAAGGACCAAGCAGCUGCCCAACUCACUGAUGUCCUGGAGAACGAGCUGCAGUGUAUCAUCUGCUCUGAGCACUUUAUUGAGGCUGUCACUCUGAACUGUUCACAUAGUUUUUGCUGUCACUGUAUCCUGGAGUGGAGGAAGAGGAAGGAGGAAUGUCCCAUCUGUAGGCAGACCAUCCUUUCACAGACACGCUCUGUGGUUUUGGAUAACUGUAUUGAACGUAUGCUGGAGAAUCUGAGUGAGGCAAUGAGAGAGCGCAGACUACAACUCAUCAAAGAGAGGAAAGCAUUGAAGGUGAAACCUGUCAGUGUGACCGACAGUGAAAGCAGCAGUUGUGAUGAUCUGACUUCAACCCAAUCCGUCAGUACAUUGGACAGUUCCGAACGGGAGGAACACAGUGACAUUGGUGACACUGAGGAUGAACCCAGUUAUUACAUCAUCUGACAUGCUGCUGGGAUACUGGAUCACAGGGAUCAACUGGGAUCUGGUGGAGAUGAGGGUGUGAGCUGAGGUUCACUGGGAAUGGGGAAGGGGCAGUGAACUGGGAUCCAGUAGGGGCAUGGUUCCCAGGUGAAUGUGGUUAUGGUUCUGUUUGAUUUUCUGCUGAGUGGGAGAGGAAGGUGUUUUGGAGAUGGGAGUAUGGAUGGUUGUUUAUUUGAAGAACUGCUGUGUCCUUAUCUCGGGUUCCAGAUGGUGACACUGGCAUUCUCUCUGUUCUCUGGUCAAUAAAUGCUGGGUUUUGUA